AUGACCAAAGAUCAACAGAAGCCCAUUGAACUUGAUGGCCGAACUGGAGAGGGUGGUGGCCAGCUCGUGCGCAUCGCUUGUGCACUUGCUGCUGUGGUCACACAGCCUAUUCGCAUCACCCAUGUUCGCGGCAAUCGAGAGGGCCCCCGAGGCGGUGGCCUGAAAUCUCAGCAUGUUACUGCGAUUGAGUUUCUUGCCUCCGCGACCGAGGCCGAGGUUGACGGCUUGUCAGUCGGUAGCCAUACCCUUGAAUUUCGCCCACGUUUGCCUCCGUCAGCGGCUCUUAUCCCACGCGGAAUUGGAGGUGAAAACACAAACAAGACCAAGGCCAUCAAAAUUAGUGCGGAUUCGCCCGCGGCCUCGACUCUUCUGAUCUUUCAGGCCAUCUUCCCCUUCCUGCUGUUUUCUAGCAGUAGCGACAGCAAGGCUGAAUUGGUGCGCCUCGAGAUUUCCGGCGGUACCAAUGUUUCAUUUUCGCCAUCUUUCGAGUAUGUUGAUCAAGUUUUAUUGCCUAUGCUGGAGGUCGCCUACGGCAUUGCCGUCAAGCGCACCCUACAUUCUCGUGGCUGGAGCCUUGGCAAGGCGCAACGCGGCCGUGUCGAGUUCGAGUUUGCGCCGCUGCGUCUAGGCGAGACACUCAAGCUGACCGAGGAAGGCGAGCGUAUUUUUGGUGCUCGCGUUCCAGAUGCUUCCUCGAACAAGGAUGGGAAUGACAGUGGCGAUGGGACCGACGAUAGUGUGGAACGCGACAUCGAAGCGAUCGAUGUUUCCAUGAUCGUGCCGCAGAAUAUGCAUGAGUCGCUUACUGAGGCGCUUGUCAACGAUCUCGAGGAGCUGUUCCCUUGCGUCGAGGUCAAUUUCAAGAUCAUUGAGGACAGCGGCGCUGAUUCAAGAAUAUACGUCUUGCUCGUCGCCCGCGCUGGCUCCCUGCGCUGGGGCCGCGACAUCCUCACCUCAGCGCCAAAGAAUGCCAAAGAGCCGAAGAAGGGCUCCAAGUCUGCGAAUAGCGGGAAGGGCAGCAAUACUGCGCAUCAUACGAGCUCUAUCAGCGAGACUAUCUCCCGGCAGGUGUCUAAGGAACUCUUUGAGGAAGUCUCUGCUGGAGGGCUGGUCGACGAAUAUCUCCAGGAUCAGAUGGUUAUCUUCCAGGCGCUGGCUGAGGGACGCAGCUCUGUACUGCGCAGCACAGACGAAGGCAGCAGUGGCAUGGAUAGCAGCAGCGUCAACAACGGCAUCACUGGACUUGAGCAGCCCAUGAAGCAGCUGGCCAUUGGCAGCGAAAGGCGUAUGCGUCGCGACAAGACGGACCAGCCGUUUGGUGAAGGCAGCAUGCACACGACCACCGCCCGCUGGGUUACGGCGCAGCUGCUGCCGACAAGUGAGUGGUUCAACAAGGGCAAGAUCUGCCAAGGCGUCGGAAUGCGCAUGGAGCCGUCAGGCAAGACCCGUUAA